AUGGCCAAUGUGUUUCUACAGGUGCUAUCGGUAUUGGGGUUCAUCAUGAGACUUAUCACAAUCCUCUUGUGCUACAUGGGCUUUCAGGAUUUCUUUGAAUCCAACAUUACAAGGCCGAAGAGGGCGGUGUCGGUGGUGCUGAUGAGGGAAAUCCUGCCGGUGGUGAAGUUCUCAGAGAUGGAGAUGGCGGUGGAGGCAGUAGAGAGUUGCGCAGUGUGCCUGUAUGAGUUUGAGGGAGAGGACGAGAUCAGAUGGUUGACGAACUACCGCCACAUAUUCCACAAAAGGUGUCUGGACCAUUGGAUGGGGUACGAUAUGAGAAUGUGCACCCUAUGUCGAACACCCUCCAUACCCCACCAUAUGCAAGCUGCCUUCAAUGAUAAACUUUGGGCUGCUUCAGGGAUCCCUGACUUCUAUUACUAUCAUCACUAG